CAUGGUUGAAGUGACGAUACGGUAGAGUGACCUAGAAAGACUUUUAUCAAAGCUUUAGCGACACACACGUAUAUUGGUGACAGUGGAAAAAUAACACAUUGCAUACUAAAUAGUGAAUGCAGAGAAACUAGUCUAGAAGUAUGUAGUGUGUGUCCUAGACUCAAGAGGUAUGUAGUUUGUGUCCUAGACUCUAGAGAGAAUGUCUUAGACUUAUGUAUUGGUACUUGGUGUGUUGGAGAGAGUGAAAUGUAAGUCUAGACCUGCACUGGGCCGCACUGUGUGACACCCAACGUUCAAGCCAUGGUUUACUGUCGGAGGUUAUCUCUAUGGACUCUAGUUCGAUGCCUGUGUCUGUCCAUACUCGCUGUUGUCAUUUAUAAGGGCAGUAAAUCCCACUCAGCGAACAGAAAAACCAAAAAUUUAGAAUUAACAGUUAAAAAACCAGAGAACUAUGUCUAUAUAAAGGAGUAUCAACCCCAACGACUACACCCCAAAGACAAUAAUCAACAGGAGAAUGUUCAUGAAAUUAUAGGAAUUACAGUUAAACCCAUUGUUAAACCUGAGCACCAUUAUUCAAAGCCAAACCAAACAAUUAAAAAUGUUAUACCAAAGAAAAUACCAUCAAGUAAUCAAACAUUACAAGUAAAGAAAAUUUAUAGCGUCCACUCGAAAAAUAUCACAAAGGGACUCAAACCAGAAGCACUGAAAUCAAAAGUGAUAGAAAAAACAACAAAGAAACCUGUCAAAGUUCGAAAAGUUGUGUCCCCUGGAGAGAAUGUCCAAGUGGAUAAUCUUGACAUCUUUAUUAACACCGCUGUUUACUAUGAGCGUUACCCUAGUAACAACUCGUAUAAUGUCAUUUUUAAUGGCUGGGCUGGCAGCAGCUCGACCACUAACUUGAAAUGUUGUUUUACUAGUCAAGAAGAAGGCGGUCAGUUUCACGAAACACAGGCUCAGGUCCGUCAUAUUUACAAGCAGUACAUUGUGGACAUGCAGAGUGCUGAGUUCUACUGUACUUUACCAGAUAAAGUACACACUGUCAACUUGACCCUUGUCACCUUUGUCCAGCAGUCCUGCAAAAAGUCUGAUGUCAACAGGCUGAUGAAAAUUGAGAAGCCUCGACUUUAUCCUGGUGUUAUUGGAGUUUGCUUGAAAGUAGCUUACGGCUCUUUAAAUGCCGAAAAGAUAGUGGAGUGGUUUGAAUAUAUGCGUUACAUGGGGAUACCCAAAGUUUUUAGCUACUAUAGCCAGGUAGAGGCUCCAGGUAUGAAGGUGUUCAACUAUUACAAAACUCUUGGAUUUCUAGACAUGCUACCAAUAUAUCCUGCUCAAUCCAAAAACGGGACAGAGAGGAACUUUAUUAAACCUAAAAAUUUCAAACAGUACUGGGUAGACAAUGUUGUGGCUCUUAAUGGAUGUAAACAUCGAAUGUCUGGCUUUGAUUACGUUUUGACUUUAAGCAUAGACCAGUUUAUAUUUCCAAAAGGAAAGGUUCAAUCUUUCCCAGAUAUUGUACAGGAGUUAAUGAAGAGAGAACCAAAAGCUGGCGCCUUUAUGUUUGAUCAACACAUCGCAGUCAUGAACUGGAAUACCAGUCGUAAGUCCCCGCUUCAUGUUUCCAAGUAUUUAAUUCGAACUAAAUCUUUAAAUUAUGGAAACAAUCUAACUGCAACCCCUGGUUGGGUUUACAUACCAAGACGAACAUUUUAUAUUGGAAGAGAUACAGUUUAUCCAAUGGCUACUUUUAAAACAGCCAAAGUUCCCAACGAACUAUAUACAAUGUUACAGUAUCGUGUGUGUGACAAGUACUGGCCUCGAUGUCAAAACGAGUCUAAGAUUGCUGAGCACGGAAUGCUCAAAUACGAGAUUAAACUCGUGGACAGAAUUUUAAAAUUGCCACUGCAACAAAUUUUAUCAAGUAACUUGAACUAUGUCAAUUAUAUGAUCUCCUGGAGACGAAAACAUCACAUCUAGAUGGGUUCACAUUAUCUUGUUGCUGUUUACAAUGCUUAGUAUUAUAUCAUUUUAACACAUUGAAAGAAAAAGUUAGAAUUAAAAUAUAAACAUAUGAUGUGUCACUGUUACGUGUGAUGUGUGUUUGGAAAUGGAUGACUAACUAGAAACAUUGGGAGCAAGAAAACUAGGCAAGACUUGAUUAUAUAUUCAAUACAAUAAUCUCAAAUAGUGUGAAAUCUAAAACAUUCAAAGUACCAAAUUUUAGUGUCAAUUAAAUUGUUUCUGUAUAUCUUAACAAUCGUAGUUAUGUGAUGUUAUCAUAUUAUGAAUCAUCUGCUUUUUAAUUAUUGAUAUAAUUUAAUAUAAGUUUGAAAUAAUGUAUCAACGAUGUCUUUGGUAUGUUAUGUUGAAACUGUAAUUGAAAUGUUCCCAGCUUUGAAUGUUAAUUUUGUUUUCUUCUUGAAUAUCAUCAGCAUAGUGAUCAUCUUCAUCAUCAUAAUAAUAAUAUUAGGCAUUUUAAGAUCAUGUAUAAACCAUUUUUUUUACAAGCAUUUGUUUGAAUUAUAAAAUUGUUUGUUCUUUGCUGAAAGAUUAUUUGAAGGACAAUCCAAUGAUUGAAUCAAAGGAAAUCUGUUCUAUAAAUCUUAUACUUGUGUCACUAAAGUUUUAAAUAUUAAUUUACUGAUUCAGAUUUUUGAAUUUUGAUUUUUAUUUGUCAAAAUUUGUUUUGACAGUUCUCACACAAUGUCCAUACAAAUUUAGUUGUUAACUUUCUUGUGUAGAUUGUGUUUUACUUCAUAUAGGAGAAAUGAAUAUUAUCAUCUGUAGCAGAACUAUACAAAGUAUCCCUUGCCAAACAAAGGUGGCUCAAUAUAUUUAAACAGAUCUUUACCUGUUUCUGUGCCACAUACAGCAUCAAAUUCAUCUAGCUCUUCACAUAUUUCAAAACUAUUCUUUAAGUCUCAUACAAAAAAAGGGCAGCAAUGCAGUGUCAUCCUCACAAUUCUAACUUUGGUUUCUUCUUUCAAUUUUGAUUUGUAUCUCUCUAAGUCUUCAACAUUUAAGUAGUUUGUCAAUAUUCAGAAGACACAAACAUUUGACAGUAGUGUGUUUGUUUUCAGUAAGAAUAGAACAAGUACAAGUUUAAAACGUUUUAGUAGGACUGUCUUAGUGAUAAGUAUUUUAACAGAUAAACUUAUUACAUGUGAGUAGGUCUAAUUCUCUUUUUGUUUUUAUAUUGAGAAAUAAAUUUUAAUAAUUUUUUUCUCAUCUUAUGACCCUCUACCACUUGUUGCUGACCCUUGCACUUAGCAAUCACAUAAACUUUAGACAUCUGUUUACAUCAAACAUUCACUUAUAGGAAUAUGAUAGUAGGUGAAUUGUGUACAUUGUCAGUAUAUACAGUUUACAAAUCAACAUCAACAAGUCUUUCAUUUGACAAUAAUUUAAUAGUACCAUAGAUGUUACAUUUAAUCUUUAUUAAUAUGUCACUGGUUAUAUUUCAUGUGUACUACACAAAGUAUUGUAUAUAUUUGUUUCUAUUGGAUUGGUUAAAUAAAGUGGGAUUGGAUAUUCAGAAAAUG